AUGAUAGUAUUGAAAGUAGUGGGGAAAAUGGAACAUAAAAUAAAACAAGAAUAUAUUUUUUACCAAAAAAAAAGAAAAUUUGAUAUGGAGCAAAACGAACGGGUGGUUGAUAAAGAAAAACUUAAAAAAGCUAUAAUCAGUUUGCAUUUAUCAGAUGAAACCUUAGCGGAGCAGGGUUUUAAUAAUGGAUUAUUGUUUUAUGAAAAACUUUGCAUGGCUGUUCAUGAACAAUUUAAUAUGAUAUAA